AUGGAGGAACUUACUAAAGAAGGAUCCGAGUAUGUCGAUAGUGCAAUUACCAGGAUUGUUAAUUGUAUUAUGAAGGAGAAUCAUCAAGUGUCUGGAAUAUCUAUUCCUCUUCAAACCAUAAUGGCUGAUCCCCUCAAUAACACCAGUAAGGCUGAGGCUGUUCACACUGAUGUCAAUGACAUUGACAAUAAUGAGCACCCUAAGGCCAAUACUGAAACUGAUACUAAUGUGGUAGACUUAGAUGAGUACUUUGAAGACGAAUUACUUACUUCCUUGAAUCCGAGUGUAGCCAACAGGAUAAUGACAAGAAGAAAAGGCAAAGCUGUUGUUCAAGGAUCACCAAAAGGGAGCACUCAAGUGAACAACCCUGCCAAAGACACUAUCAGGAAGAAGAGUACUUCUGCAGGUCCUGUCAAGAGCAAAGCUAUUACCAAGAGUAAAGGGGUUGGUUCUUCAAAAUCUUGGAGCAGGGUCAUUCCAAAGAAAAGAAAAGAGCGGGAAAUUGUUGAACCUGAAUCUGAUUUUGAAGCAAAUGUCCCUGACAUUCCAUCAAGGAAGAAGCCUAAAACCAGUAAGCUUGCUGCUAACAUCCCUGAAGUUCCCAUUGAUAAUGUGUCUUUCCACUAUGCCUCUAGUGUCAGCAGAUGGAAAUAUGUUCUCCAAAAGAGAUUAGCUGUUGAAAGAGAACUGGCUCCAAAUGCUCUUGAAAACAAGGAGCUGGUCAAAGAAUUUGUGGUAAACCUAUCUGAAGAUUGUGGCAAUAGUAGAAGUCCAAACUAUAGAAAGGUAUUUGUAAGAGGUAAGUGCAUAUCGUUCUCUCCUGCUGUGAUUAAUAAAUUCUUGGGAAGAACAGACGAAGCUCAAACCGAGUUAGAAGUAACAGACAACCAAGUCUGUCAAGUGAUCACAGCCAUGCAGGUAAAAAGCUGGCCCAUGAAAGAGAAGCUAACUGCAAGUAAGCUGAGCAUAAAGUAUGCAAUGCUUCACAAAAUAGGAGCAUCUAAUUGGAUUCCAACAAAUCACAAGUCCACUAUCUCAACUGUGCUUGAUAGAUUUCUGUAUGCAGUAGGAACAAAGGCAAAGUUUGAUUAUGGAGCAUACAUUUUUGACCAAACCAUGAAGCAUGCUGGAAGCUUCAGUAUUAAGGGUCCAAUUGCCUUUCCAUCCCUCUUGAGUGGUAUAAUUCUGGAUCAAUAUCCAAACAUUCUCAAUGAACAUGAUGUAGUGUGCAAAAGAGAAAGUCCCUUGGCCUUCCAUUACAAACUGUUUCAGGGAAAGCAUGUUCCAGACACUGUCAUGACAUCAGCUGAAACUUCCAAAUCUGGAGCAUCAGUUAGUAAACCAGAAGUCAUAGCAAUACUAAAAGAGACUUGCAAAGAACUGGAAGCUAGAAAAAUGUAUCUUGAACAAAUGAUACGUACUCUGGAAAUGGAUGAGAAUGAGGAGUUUGCAGAUAAAGAAGAGAUGGAAGAUAAAGAUGAUCAAUAA